ACUUCAAUUUCCUUCCAGUCACCCCCCCACCUUGGGUCACUGGGGUACUCGUGUCAUGGAAUUGUCCCCUCGGGUGCGCGCGCAUUUCAAAGCCUGCUAGCUUAGUCUACUCGUGCAAACCCAAUAAUCAGCUCAGUGUUUUGGUUGAGAAGUGCGCCACUUUUGCGACUGGUCGCGUCGUUAUUUGAGGCUGUCAGACGCCCGGUUGUGGUGCAGAUGGCGGAAUGCAACGUUUUCGCGGUGGUGGUUACCAUGGUGAUCGCCAUGGCCAUGUUACCAACCCGCGGCGUCCUGGCGGACCUCAUCUUCGGUUCGCGCGUCGGUCAGAUGGCCUUCCCAGCGGAGAGCAAGGAGCCCAAGCUCUCCGUCGUCUUCUGGCCGCCCCCCUCCACCACGCCCUCCACCGCGCCCUCCACCGCGCCCUCCUCGCCCUCCUCGCCUGCCGCGCUGCCUGUUGAUGAGCCGGGGCUCGAGUCGGUGGUGAUGGCGGCCAGUGAUGGCAAGCGCUACCGCUGCAUCCUCCCGCCGCCCAACCUUGCAUCGCCGCACUCGUCCGCUGCUGGUGGGGGGGGAGGGGCGGACGGGGUGGACGCGAAGGGCGGGGCGGCGGGAGUGGCGUAUGGGGAGAGCCGCAAGAGCCCCGAGGACCUGCUGGACGCCAUGAAGGGGCUGCCGUGCUUCUACCGGCAAGACGGGUGGUGGACGUACGAGUUCUGCUACAAGAAGCACAUCCGCCAGAUGCACAUCGAGCAGCAGGAUGGGGAGAACAAAGUGACCAUGGACUUUGUGUUGGGGCGCUACAGCGCGCGGGAGUCACUGCGCGCGCAGAAGAGGCUGGAGGCCGCCACUGCUGCUGGUGGGGGCGCUGCUGCUGGCGCAGGGAAGAGGUACCACGUGCACGUGUACACCAACGGCACGUCGUGCGACCUCACGGGGGCUGGUCGGAGAACAGAGGUGCGGCACGUGUGUGAGGAGGGCGGGCAGACGUUUAUGGGCGGCAUCAAGGAGGGCCCCACGUGCGAGUACGACCUCGCGCUGCACACCAACCUCCUCUGCGCCCACCCUCUCUUCCGCACAGUGCGCCAGCCCAUCCACUUCAUCAACUGCCACCAGUUCCCCGCCGCCUCCACCGCUCCCUCCGCCCUUUCUGCCCCCUCCAGCUCUCCUCCUUCCCCAUCUUCUUCUGGCAUCCCCAUCCUCCAAGAUAUCAUGGGGGGAAUUGGGACCGAUGGGAACCAGGGAGAGGUGGAUGAGGAAGGGGAUGUGGAGGGAGAGGGAGAGGGGGCAAAGGGAGAGGGGUUGGAUGACAGUGACAGUCAUGCGGAGGAGGGUGAGGAGGGGGGAGUGUUGUCGUUUGUGUACGAGGGAGAGGAGGAUGAGGAGUUGGUUGAGGUGGACCCAGAGGUCGAGGAGAUUGAAGAGAGCCUCAGUGCAUUGUAGAUUCGGCUCGUCAAGGCAUUGGGAUUUGAAAACAAAACCCACCAACCAUCUAGCAGCUUUUCAAAUGGUCAUAUGUGCCAGACUAUGAUCCCCUAUUAGGGGAUCUCUGUUAGAAGGUUAGCUUAGCUAGGAAGCUAGGAAAGGCAUGAGGUUUAGCUAGGAGGAGCCAUGAAGUGGCGUGAGGUUUAGGAAGGAGAAAAGUUGAGGAGAGAAAAAGAGAGUUGGAAUAAAAGGAGAGGCAUUCAAGGAGGGGAUUGUACCCUCUACAGCAAAUUUCGGUAACCUACCAAGCCUAACAAUU